UUAACUGAGGAAGGCCUGGUCAGUUUCGAGUGCAAAGUGGUGGGAUUCCCCACGCCGCAGCUGCAGUGGUUCAAAGACGGCCAGGAACUGAAGCCGGGCGACGUCUACCAAUUGAGCGGAACCAAUUCGCUGGGGUCGUACUCUUGCGUCGCACGCAACUGCAUGGGCACGGCCAUCAGCGCGGCCGAGUUGACCGUGGACGACAUCCAGAACCAACUGAACGAAGAGGAGCGUCUCCAAUUGAUGGACUCGCAUCGUCCGCCCGUUUUUGCUCAAGGGUUGCGCUCCAGUGAGUCGCGGGUGGGCGAUCCCCUCCGCCUGACUGUGCAAGUGUCCAGCACGACGGACAACUUUUUGGUCACCUGGUUCCACAACGACGAGCCGAUCGAUCUCGACGAGACGCACAAGUACCGCAGUCUCAAAGAGGAAGCCGGACUCUGCCACCUGGACGUGGAGCCGCUGGAAUUCAGCGACGAAGGCGACUGGAAAUGCAUCGUCAUCAACGAUUUCGGACACGCGGUGACCAGUUGCUCCGUCAAAUUGACCGUUCCGCGCUUCUUCCGCAAGCCGCACUUCCUGGAACCCCUGAGGGCCGUGCUGUCCGACGAAGGGACGGUCAACCUCGAAUGCAAAGUGAUCGGUGUUCCUCAGCCGUCUUUGAAAUGGUACAAAGACGGUGUCGAGCUGAAGCCGGGCGACAUCCAUCGCAUCAUGUCCGGCCAGGAUGGAACUUGCUGCCUGGGCACGUACACGUGCGAGGCGCACAAUUGCAUGGGCACGUCGUCCAGCUCUGCCGCCCUCCUAGGAUUCGAAGAUCGACCCGAAGCGGAGCAGAAUGCGGCCUUGGCUCACGACGAGGCCUUGCUGGACGCGGAACCGCGUGGUUACGUAACGGAGCAUCCGCGCAUCGCUCGCAAUCCAUCGCUGUCGACG